AGCUGGAGGUUGGGGAUCUAAUUACCGGGCCAUAAUUGGGGGCUGGGGAAUAGGUUUUGCCGUCCUCUCAACUCGCUGCAGAUCAAUUAUGUUAAGAGAACAUCUGUAAGUAGAGCUUAAUGAGGUCCAUUAGAGCAACAUGCGCUGCCUUCCCUAACGGUGCUUGUCAGCUUCUUGGAUGAGCUGGAGUGCGCUGCUGACUGGGGACCUGGUGGAGGGGCUUAAAUAGGAGAGGAGGCUCGGCUCUCCGACGCUCUUCUUCUUCCUCUUCUUCUACUUCUUCUCUCACUGCCAGAGAGAGAGACGCACAGACACGCGCGCACCACGCAGCCAGGGCGAGACAGAGGAGGCGAGAGUGUGGAGAGGGGGAGAGUGAGAGAGAGAGGGAAGGAAGGAUGCAACUUUAACUCCAGGAUCCCCGACAUCCUAACAACUUCAACAAGAGACGCAACUUUGCCUUAAAACGAAAACAAAAAGAAAGAAAGACAAAAACUCCACAUUUUUUUCUGCAGAGAACCAGGACUUUUGGCGAACUUCGAGAAGAAAGUUGGCUUGUGUGGACACACUUUUGGGUGCUACUUUUUUUCUUUUCAUCAUCCCUGGCUCUACUUCAAGGUAUACAAAUGCUCUCCGUCCAGCCGGACACCAAGCCAAAAGGCUGUGCCGGCUGCAACCGGAAGAUCAAGGACCGCUACCUGCUGAAGGCCCUCGAUAAGUACUGGCACGAGGACUGCCUGAAGUGCGCCUGCUGCGACUGCAGGCUCGGCGAGGUGGGCUCCACGCUCUACACCAAAGCCAACCUCAUCCUGUGCCGGAGAGACUACCUACGGUUGUUUGGCGUAACGGGGAACUGUGCAGCCUGCAGCAAGCUAAUCCCAGCCUUCGAGAUGGUCAUGAGGGCCAAAGAGAACGUCUACCACCUGGACUGCUUCGCGUGUCAACUCUGCAAUCAGAGGUUUUGUGUGGGAGACAAGUUUUUCCUGAAGAACAACAUGAUCCUGUGCCAGACAGACUACGAGGAGGGGCUGAUGAAGGAGGGCUACGCUCCCCAGGUCCGCUGACCCUCGCAGGCUGACGCGGAGGAAGAAGAGAAGAGGAGGAGGAGUGGGAGAACGAGAGAGACUGAAGGAGAGCUUGCAAUCACACAACAAAAAGCACUAUAGCCUCCUGUCCAUCUCCUGUCCCCCACAUGUACAUAACUGAGCAAGCAAGCCUCCCUGCAUGGGAGUGUGGACACAUUCUGCUGUACAAAAUAGCCAUAGAGAUGCCGGCAUGGCAAAGACGGGCCCUGGAAGCAUACAACAAACUACAACUACAAGAAAAAUAUUUGCUCAUUUUCUUUGUUUGUGACUGAUCAAUGCUGCCUCUGUUCCUCUGGCCAACAUACACUGGUCUCAGAGCAAUUUCUCACCAACCAUGUGUUCCCAGUUGGGGGAAGAAAAAAAAAAAAAAAAAAGAAUAA